AUGGCGCGUCGAUCAGCUCGUCUGCUCAAGCGCGAGACUACGCCCUCCGAAGAUAGUUGGCACACUGCCUCGUCGCCCAACUUGGGCCUUCCAGAUCUUCCAGAAUUGCCAGAGCCUGUUAUGGCGCGGAAGACGCCCUCGAACGCCUCUGCAGGUCCCAAGGCCCAGUCCAAGUUACCGCAAGCGGCCGCGACACCCACACCUCAUAAGAGCAAAUCAACCAAGUCGCUCAUUGAUGACGCCAAGAGCCAAACACCCAAAGAUCGCACUCCGAUCAAGCCGGCAGGACAGGAGAUGCAUCCAGCGCAUCACCACGCGAGCACAGCCAAGAUCCUGGAUGAGGCGCGCUGGCUCGGUUUUCAGUCACUGGGUACCGCGCCAUCCAAAGCGACCGGCCUGGUGGGUCAGGCAACGCCCUCGAAGACUCCUGUAGCUGCCUCCUCGAUGGCCAAUGUAGGGUCAUCGCCUAACUUCCGUUUCCGCUUCAAGUCGCCUUUCUCGAAACAAGACGAAGCCACGCUGAGCCCAAGCUCGCGCAACAUCCUGAAAGACGCUGGGAUCGCAGGCACUCCUGGUGGUGGCAGCCGUGCUCUGUUCGGCACGAGCGAGUGGUCCUCCAAGGUCGACGUGUCUCCCCAGCGCAAGAUGGCCGAAGCCAAGGGCAAGAUGGCUCGCUUCAGCGACGUACACAUGAAGCAGUUCAAGAACAUGGACUCCAUCGCGAACCACCCGUCAGCUUUCCGCGCCGACCCGACACGAUUCAAGCCCGUCGUGGGCCAGUCGAUCAAGAAGUCGCCCUCGAAACCAGAGCUCGCGAACACGGAGACGAACAAACUCAAGCGUACACAGUCGAAGGCAGAUCUGGCGGAGCCGAGCUCGAGUGCCGCUGGAGGUCUAAAGCGCACACAGUCGAAGAUGGACCUCGCAGGAUCCGGAAGCAAGAUUCCCCCAACCCCGUUGAAGCGCACUCAAUCCAAGAUGGACCUCACCGGAUCUGCCCUGCCACGCUCCCAGCCACCAGCUCGCAUGGCUCCUCCUACACGCGAUGGACGACCGGCCUCCCGCGACGGCGACGGUGACCGUAACCCGGUAGCUAAGCGUGUCAAGCGCACCGAAUCUGACGAUGCUGCCACCACCCGCCCUGCGUCUCGCGAAAAGGUGCCCGAUGUCCCAGCCCGCGCAGCUGCUACUCCGGCCCGUAAGAAGACAUCUCAAACUGCACUCCCUCGUCUAGCUGCGCGAUUGAUGACGCCUACGAAGUCGUCUAUCGCGCGUUCACAGAGCGUCAAGACUCUGAAGACGACAUCGAUGAUUCCAACUCUAGGCAAGUCGCCUUCCACGAACAACCUGGGAGCUUCGCCGUCUGUCAAUCGUAGCUUCGAGUCGUCCUCUGCCCGUAAUACCUUCUCUCCUCCUAGCAACAUUGGCCAUCUGCAGACUUUGAGGGACAAUGCACGCGAGAGCAUGCGCAAGGCAAGCAGCAACUUGCAGCGCGUCCGAUCAAUUCUUCGCACGCCAAACCGCAAAUUCUCGGACGAUCCUAGCAAAAUCGCGGCAGGCACUCACAUGUCACCUCCAACCAUGAGCCUCGACAAAGCACCGUCCCUGGUCCCUGCUACAGCUCCUGUGAAGAAGCAAGUCAACUUCAGCAGUAGUACUUUGGAGCGCGCGUCGCACGACGAGCUGGGCAAAUCACCCUCCCCGAUGAAGUUCAGGGCAGGCAGUGAAGUGCCUGCUGGUGCUGUGAUCUAUCCUACUCUCGGCUCAGGAGCACACAAUGGCCCAGAUCUUUCUCAAGAGAUUGAAACUCUGACCGCUUCUCCAUCUCGUCGCCUCACAUUCGGUGGCGAAGCUCCUAAUCAUCCACGUUCCUUUUCCUUCGAGUCCGGCAACACUGUCAGCUUUGGCCCUGUAUCGACUGGCACGAUCCGCAUGGUACGUCCGAGCGAUGCAUCUUCUCUUGUCGACGGCACAAAGCGCAAGCUGGAGACCCUCCAGGAGACAUCCGACAAGGAGAACGAUGGACCUAAUGACGACGACACACGCUCCAACAAGAAGAUGAAGCGGACACCUGCACCCGCUCCAAAGGCCCCUGCCAGCGCAAGCAAGCCAGCUCGCCACACCCCAGGACGUGCGGGUGCUAUCAGCAAGUCAAGGCUCGCCUUCCUUGCUACGCCUAAACGAAGCAGGGCCUUACUACGUCAUUCGCAUACGCGGACUGCUUACGGCCUGCUACACUGGCAGGGCGAGUCUCACACCACCACCGUGGCGUCGCUAAGUAACCUGGUCGACGAAUUGAAGAAAUCCUUCAACUUCCGCGACUCUCGAUCUCUACUAAGCUCCACGACAACUUCUUCGUCGGGCGACACUGAAAACCAACACACGAACGCGCUAUCGAAACUGUUGCGCGCCCUACAGCACCGCAGCUUCCACGACGUCGCCGAGUUCCUCACGAACCCUCGCCUCGACGACCCUACCUACCUUACCACCCUUGCUAUCGCACUAGCCUCUGUCAUCGUCACCAUGUCCUGGUUCUCCCGCACCGGCGGAAACUGGGGAGGACGCUUCUCGCCAUUUGGCCGUCCAGGCAACUCGCCAAACGCCGGCGUCGUUAACGACUCUGACUUUUCCUACAUCACCAACGAAGACCUCCGACGAAAUGGUCAAGCGCAAGCACCCGAAAUCGUCGACUGGGAUGACAAGAACCCAGAACGGGAAACAGACGUUCUCAUCUUCAAGAACGGGCGCACACAUUAUCCUACACACUUCCCCGCGCACAGCAUACGCGAUGGAGACCUGAAGAUUGGUACAGUUCGACAAGCGGCAGCAAAGAAGCUGGGCGUCGAUGACCACAGGCGGAUACGCAUGUUCUACAAGGGCAGGAAUUUGAAGCACGACGAGCGGACUGGCCGAGAAGAAGGCCUCCGUGGUGACGGAACCGGGAGUGAGAUUCUAGUCACAGUAGGCGAAACCCCAGUCGGUGGCCUAGCACCCGGAUCAGAAGACGCACCACAACACGCAUACAGCGAGGGAGAGGACGACGAUGAUGACGAAGAUGACGUCGACUCUGGCGCGAAUACCACAGGCAAGAAGAAGUCCCGCAAGCGCGGCGGCAGGAAGAGCAAGAAGAAGGGUCCUUCUUCCGCAAACGCCUCUGGCACCUCAACACCCGGCUACACAACUGGCGGGGCCGGCGCAGAAUACCUCCCUAUCCCCUCGCAUAUCAGUGCGGCACCGCGCCCGAGUCCCACUCCUCCCCCAGCCAAACCCGCCGAGCCCCAAACCCCGAUCGGCAAACUCGAUGCCAUCGCCAGCAAGUUCCACACCGAGUUCGUACCCAUGUGCGUGCAAUUCAUGGCCAGCCCGCCAGAAGAUAAGGCGAAGAGGACAUUCGAAUACAAGAAGCUGAGUGAGACUAUCUUGACCCAGAUCAUCUUCAAGCUAGAUGGUGUCGAGACGGAAGGUGAUCCAGAAGCUAGGCUCAAGCGCAAGGCUCUCGUCAAGGAGGUCCAGGGCAUGCUGACAAGGCUGGAUGAGGCCGGAAAGGCUGGUUAA